AGCCCUUUUUUUUUCCCUACCAUGGAGCUAUAACAAUAAAUCACAAUAAUACAGUUUUAUUUUAUUUUUCUAAAAAAUAACUUAUUUGGGUCGCCGGAAAAUCAAGAUUCCGGUAACCCACAGUAAUCAUUUUGUUUAUACAUAUAAUUCUUUCUUUCCUGUCGCCGGGAGAUAAAAAAAAGGUGAUGAUAAAUGGCGAAGGGUCGGAAACUUGCCACUAGUCGCAGUGAAAUGUUAUUAGGAAACUACCCCAGCUAUAGAAAUGGAACUGCAACACUCAACGGUUCCUCAGAACUAGGAGAAGAUGAUAUCUGGUCAACGGUUGAUGACAUGGAUGAUCACGAUUCAAGGGGCGAGUGGAGUCCACGCGCCGCCGCUGAGAGUAAUAACGGAUAUGUGAACCGUAAGCUGCCGGUCCAACAAUCCGACCACCACCACAGCCACCGCGGGCGCCAGGUUGGGGGACUGUCAUUGGCUUUUGAUGAUUCAGGUAAAACGGCAUCUCCUCGGAUCUUGCACCAGUUUCGCGGACAAGACGCGCCAUCCACACGUGUGGCACACAUGGCCACGUCAGCACCUGUGAAUGUCCCUGAUUGGUCUAAAAUAUAUCGAGUUAACUCGGUUGAGUCAUUGCAUGACUCGGAUGAUGGUGUUGAUGAUCAUGACUCGGAGAUGGUUCCACCGCACGAAUACAUUGCUAGGAGCAGGAACUCGAACGCUCGCUCGGUGUUCGAAGGUGUGGGCCGUACGUUAAAGGGUCGGGACUUGAGCCGGGUUCGAGAUGCUGUGUGGAGUCAGACCGGGUUCGAUGGUUGAGUUCAUCAAAUGAACUAGCUAUCGUUUUGUUAGAAUUAAAGAUUUUAUAACUAUUUUAGCUGUUUGGAGAAUUAAAGAGGCAAUUGAUGAUAAUUAUUUAUUUUGCUAGAUAAAUUUUUGGUCUUGGGCAAUUAUUCAGGUUGAAUGAAUACAAACUCAGUGAGUCAACCAGCUCCUAUGGAGCCUAAGUUUAAUCUUUUUCGUUUUUCUAUUAAUAUAUUUUCACAUAUUUUAUGAGUAAGUA